GUCAGGCCGAUGUGCAGCCCGCGAGGGGCCGGGGUCGGGGCCGCCGGGGCCAUGCGCGCGGGCUGGGCAGGGGACCCGCGCGGCGUAGAGCGUAGACGCUUCGGAGCCUGAGCCUCCCGGGGCCGCGGCCAGGGAGCCGCGCGGGGCCGGCCGGCCGGGGGGAGGGGAGCGAUGCGGCGCCGGCGGGCCGCGGUGGCCGCGGGUUUCUGCGCCUCCUUCCUGCUGGGCUCGGUCCUCAACGUGCUCUUCGCACCGGGCUCGGAGCCUCCGCGGCCAGGCCAGUCCCCCGGGCCCUCGCCAGACCCGGGCCCGGGCCGUCGCGGGGGCCGCGGGGAGCUGGCCCGGCAGAUCCGAGCGCGCUACGAGGAGGUGCAGCGCUAUUCCCGCGGGGGCCCCGGUCCCGGGGCCGGCCGGCCGGAGCGGCGGCGCCUGAUGGACCUAGCUCCGGGCGGCCCGGGCCUGCAGCGUCCCCGCCCCCCGCGGGCCCGGCCCCUGCCCGACGGCGCUCCGGGCUGGCCCCCGGCUCCUGGCCCGGGCUCCCCCGGCCCGGGAUCCUCCGGCCCGGGCCCGCGCCUGGGCUGCGCCGCGCUCCGCAACGUGACCGGCGCACAGUACGUGGGCUCCGGCUACACCAAGGCCGUGUACAGGGUCCGCCUGCCCGGCGGCGUCGCGGUGGCGCUCAAGGCGGUGGACUUCAGCGGCCACGAUCUGGGCAGCUGUGUGCGCGAGUUCGGGGCGCGGAGGGGCUGCUAUCGGCUGGCGGCCCACAAGCUGCUCAAGGAGAUGGUGCUGCUGGAGCGGCUGCGGCACCCCAACGUGCUGCAGCUCUAUGGCUACUGCUACCAGGACAGCGAGGACAUCCCGGACACCCUGACCACCAUCACGGAGCUGGGCGCCCCUGUGGAAAUGAUCCAGCUGCUGCAGACUUCCUGGGAGGAUCGCUUCCGAAUCUGCCUGAGCCUGGGCCGCCUCCUCCACCACCUGGCCCACUCCCCGCUGGGCUCGGUCACUCUGCUGGACUUCCGCCCCCGACAGUUCGUGCUGGUGAAUGGGGAACUGAAGGUGACGGAUCUGGAUGACGCCCGUGUGGAGGAGACACCGUGCACAGGCAGUGCUGACUGCACACUCGAGUUCCCAGCCAGGAACUUCACCUUGCCCUGCUCAGCCCAGGGCUGGUGCGAGGCCAUGAAUGAGAAACGCAACCUCUACAAUGCCUACAGGUUUUUCUUCACAUACCUCCUGCCCCAUAGUGCCCCGCCCUCACUACGGCCUCUCUUGGACAGCAUUGUCAACGCCACAGCACCGUGCACUCUGCAGGAGAGCUCACCUGGGGGGUGGACGAGACCCUGGCCCAGCUGGAGAAGGUCCUGCACCUGUACCGGAGCGGGCAGUAUCUGCAGAACUCCACAGAGGCCGGCAGAGCCGAGUACCAGCACCUCCCAGGCAGUACCAUCCCCCAGGAAGACUACCGCUGCUGGCCAUCCUAUCACCACGGAAGCUGCCUCCUUUCAGUGUUCAACCUGGCCGAGGCUGUGGACAUCUGUGAGAGCCAUGCCCAGUGCCAGGCCUUUGUGGUCACCAACCAGACCACUUGGACAGGUCGGCAACUAGUCUUUUUCAAGACAGGAUGGAGCCACGUGGUCCCUGAUCCCAGCAAGACCACAUAUGUGAGGGCCUCUGGCUGACCUGUCUGGGGGCUCAGCUGACCAUCCCUGCCCGCUGGGCUUGCCUGUGACUUGCACUGGCAGCGCUGCAUGUCACCUGGGCACCCCUGCAGACAAGGCUGACAUCCCCGACAGACCGAGGUGACCAGGACAACGUGCAAUAAUGCCACAUGUUAAAAUGUGAGUUUACCAGUCUAGGUCUGGGACUGCUGGCUCCAGGGCAGGAAUCAUGGAGGGCUGACUGCCCCCCUCACCCUCUGGGCUGCCAGUGAGGCUCAGGAUGGUCUCCCCACUGGGGGUCUGCCCCUCACUGGGACAGUUCUGUGGGCAGCCCCAUCACUGUGUUCGUAGCGCGAGAAUGUAGCCAGAGCCCCUGCUGCUGGUGCUGCUGCACGUGCCAUGGCCCGGCGGGGGUCGCGUGGGGACAAUCAGUCACGGAGUGUUCUCUUAGCCAAGCUCCUGACCGGAGACUUGAAGGGAUGCUCCGGGAGAUGGGUGAUUCUGUACCUGGGGAGGCCGCCUCUGGGCCCGACAGGGGCGCUGACCGGCCAGCCCAGGAGCGGGGCCAGAGGAGCACACGAGGUCUGAGCCACGUCGUGGGGUUGAGGGGCAGGUAGCAGUUUGAGCCAGGACCUGGGGCGGGGGUGGGGCCGGGGCCUUUCUGCUUCAUUUGCUUUCAGUGAAAGCCGCAAAGCAGCCAAAAGCAGCCUCUCCCCGCUCCUGGAGUUUGUAUAUCCAGAAGCUUUUGUACUUCUUGUUCAUUAAAAUGUUUAUUUUUGUAAGAAAAAGAAAUCAAUUAAUAAAAGGACGUUUCACGGCAAGGACUCUUCCCAAGCCGCAUUUUCCUGA